AUGGUAAACGCCAAUACGCAUAAAGACAACAUUUUGGGCUUGGAACAUGAAAACAACCAAGUCUGCAACAUGGCUCAGUGGGAACAUAUACUUUUGGUUGUGGAGCAGGUGGAGGAGAAAAAUGUUGUCCAUUUAAUAGGACGCGUUGUAACUCGGCCUAGGCAUCUUGCUACACAUGCUGGCGGGCAAUAUGGAACACAUUUCGGUGGACUAGGUCCGCACGGCACUGAUGGAGUGCAUAUUGUAAUUUUACAUGGUGGUGGACAAGCUAAGCAAGGUGAUGGACAACAUGGAAAACCAUGUGAAUGGGAUGAACCGUUCUGUCCACCUCCUGUUGUUUGCCCUGUUUCACCUUGCAAUGAAUUACCCUGUUGCAGUCCUGUAAAACGUUGUAAAAGCUUUGAAUUCCGAGCAAGUAUACUAUAUAGAUGUGAGUGUAUUAAAAGGAACGGUUUACAAGAUAGAUGCAUGAUGUGGGAUUGCAUGGGCAGACCAGAGUGCAUGACAAAAUUAUAUCCCGUUUGUAAUUCUGGCCAAUAUGCGUUAUUGAAAUUAACCGAUUUAGGAGAUGCUGAAGUUGUUCUGAGAAAAUUUUAUUGUGCCGAUAAAGCUCGAGAAUCGGCUUUAGCAACUUAUUGUAGAUUAAUGUGUAAUAAUGCUAAAGACAUCUGUGGUGGACAGAAACUGCCAUGUCCUUCAAGUGCUUAUUGUCCAUUAAAUACUUCUUGUUGUAUACCAACAUCAUCAGUACCACCCUGUAUAUCAUAUAAAAUCUGUGUACCAUAUCCUCCACCAUGUCCUCCACCAUGUCCUCCACUAUGUCCUCCACCAUGUCCUCCACCAUGUCCACUAUCAUAUCCACCGCCAUGUCUACCACCAUGUUCACCACCAUACAUUUUUUGUAAUUCUCCCUGUGUUCCUUGCUAAUUUUACGAAACCAGUGGUCAAAUAUUGUGAUACUUGUGUGAUCAAUUGAAUUAAGAUUAUCUUUUCAAUUAAAUAGAAAAUUCAAUUUGAAAUAAAAAUUAAUAUUAUGUACUAUAUAUUAAUGGCAUGUUUUAUUUAUUUUAAUAAAAAAUAUAUACAAUAUUUUGGGAAGUCAUUUAUUAUCAUACCCGUUUAUAAUCAUAUAGCGAAAUCUUCUUAAAAUAUUGGUAUUUUUAUGUGACGUAAUAACAUCUAUAAAUAAGUAUUUAAUUCUUUUCCACUGGAAACUGUUGUGGAUAUCGACAUCGAAAGAAUUUUGCAGCAGGGCAUACUGCCCACGGUUUAACGAGGCAUUCAGAUUGUCCUUGACACGAAGUCAGUGGACAAGAAUUUUGAAGACCAUCUCUGUGCACACAACAGCAUCUUGUAAAUAAAAUUCCACCUCU